ACAUAAAUCUCACAGAAAAACUCUAUUUAUCAAAACUUAAACCACUGAUACACCAUACAAUAAUAUUAUCGCAAUAUCACGCUAUCUAAUUAGCAUAAUGAGCAGCGAAAUAAGUGCGUGUAUAAAUUAUAUAUGUUAGAAUUGUACCGUGUGUACAGCAAGCGUAGUCGCAUUUUCUUCAUCACAUUCGUCUAGUCCUGUCGAAAUAUUGUCCGCCGAUUUGUCAAAUGUGACAGAUUUAGAUUUUCCUGAAGAAACAAUAAGUUCAAUAUCGUCUUUGAAAUCCAUGUUGAAAUACCCGGCCAAGCCUGUGUUUUGGAAACUGCCUGAUUGCAGGUUGCACAUUGCCGUCAUUUGCAUCUCAGGAUGAACAGCUGCAGAUGACGUUCAUAACAGGAAUUUGACAGUUUUAAUCUGGUCAGCCAAUCACGUUGAUUGUCUGGGUUCAUUAAAAACUGGACAUGUUUCAACCUCGUGCCCAGGCGCCAUACCAAGAAGACCCUCAGGGUUGGGCAUGUUUCUGCUACUGUUCACCUAUCGAUGCAAACAACGGUGUGAAGGAAAUUACAAAAUAGAAUUUUUCAAGGAAUAUUUAAAAUUCGAAUAUGGAAGCAUUGAAGGCACGUGCCUAGCACGUGGUACAGAAGCACGUGUUCUAUAUUUCCAAGAUGGCGGCAGAACCAGAAAGCAAGUAUUCCAAAGAACAGUUAGAGAGUGAAGAGGUUUCCAAGAAAGACAUACUUUCUUUCAUUCAGGAAAAUGCAUCGAAAGCGGUAGGUCUAUUCCCGUAUUCAGCGCAAAUCUUCGCACAAUCACAGCUUAUUGUUUGGUGUUGUGGUAAAAUUGUAAAAACGUAUGUUGAUCUUUUAUAGUCUGUUUUAAUAGAAUUAAUACAAUAUUUUUCAUUGUAGUUCUUAAAAGCGAAUAAGCUAAAUGGGAAGCUCAACAAUGUCGCCAAAUCUUUCAAGAAAGACCAAGCAAUCGGCUUGUAUAACAAAAUGUUUGAAACCAAGGUAUAUUAUUAAUUCUCAAAUGUGUUGAGUGUUCUAGUAUAAAUACAAGAUAUGGUAACAUUUUGGCCACGCCCAUGCCACACCCUAUUAUUUAACGGCAACUACACAAUUGGGCAAUUGAACUGUCAUUUGCAAUUUUGCAUUGGACAAUGAACAGUCAAAGAUCAAAGUAUUGUCAUUUGAAGGUUUCAGUUAGCCCAGCAUUUAAUGGCUAGAUAAACGUGAUUGACUGAUCAGCAAGGACGUCAGUACAGGGGGAGGGAUUGGGGACUGUAUCACCCUCACUUUUUGGACAUUUAUAUUAUAAUCUAUAAAAAGUUAUGCCCAUUAUGCUUGGCAUUUUUUCUUCAGAAACGUCCAGUUCGUUUUUGCUGUACAAGAAAUUCUUCAAUUUUGAUUCUUCUACGAUAUUUUGCAUUUACAUAGAACAUAUCAUUUCUAACAAUCUGAUGUUUUUUGUUUUUGAAAUUGUUACAUUUUUGGCGGGAAAAUAAUGCGACAAAAUUGGCGCCAAAAAUUUAUAUAAUAGAUACAACUGAUUUUCGGUAUGAACCUGAAAGAAUAUAUUGUAAGAAACUCAAAUCUGAAGUCCGUUUUAAAUAAUGAAUAUUCAUUACGAAGUUAUAUCAAUUCAAAAUACAAGAAAUCUGCCAUUUUGUUCUAUUUUUAGUAACAAAAUGGCGAAUUUUUGAAAUUCAACUAGCUAUAUCUUCGCCAUGAAUUGGGCCAUUACAAAACAGACUUCACAUUUGAGGUUCUUACAGUAUGCUCUUUCACAUUUAUUCAGAAGAAAACCCAUAUCUACUACAUAAAUUUUUGGCGCCAAUUUUGUCACGUUAUUUUCCCGCCAAAAAUGUAACAAUUUCAAAAACAAAAAACAUCAGAUUGUUAGAAAUGAUAUAUUCUAUGCAAAGGCCAAAUAUCGUAGAAGAAGAAUAAAAUUGAAGAAUUUCUUGUACAGCAAAAACGAACUGGACGUUUCUGCAGAAAAAAUGCCAAGCGUGCUUAGAUUCAGAUUUAAAAUGGAUUUUCACUCUUGCUGAUCAGAUUAAAAAUCUGUCAAACUCCAAUGACAAAUAUGAGCAUUUCAUGUGAGAAUAAGGAUUAUUUUUAUCUGUAACUGUUCACUUUUAAAUGCAAGCAAUGUUUGUUUUGGUAAAUUUAGAUACUUCAGUAAAAAGUAGAUAGGAAAUACUGGACUUAAGACCGAUUUCCACUUGCAAGAAAAAUAUUGCUGUCAGAAUUUUUCGUUCAAUUUCUUUUGAAUUAUUAGCAGUCCAGAUAGAACUGGUUUAUUCGGGUGGUCACAAUUCAAAAGAAGUCAAGUGAAAUAUUUUGACAAUGAGCUUUAAACAGUACAAACUAUGCUUCUGGUUUGUAAUUCUUGAUUGAUAAAAAUCAUUGAAUUUUGUAGUCAUUUAAAACUGAUGCAGACGAUGAAGAGGAAGGAACUGUGGCAGAAUUAACAAAGAAAACGGCGGCCAUGAAAGCGAGCGAAAAAGAAGCUGCUGCUCAUGUUGAAGUAAGCUCUUAUAUAAUUAUACUGCCCCCUUUCCUACUAAACUAUUUUCAGUAUCCUGAUAUCUACAGGUUAGUACCGGUUUUUCCCACCAAGAUUUCCGCCACUGGAUACCAAACUAUGAAUGUCUUAUAUCUUGACUGGGAAAUUAGGAAAACUGGGAAGUUAGGCACCCCUGAUGAUUUUCUAAUAGCUUUUGAAUACUAUGAGUUUGCCAUUAGCCUUUCCACAUUGACGACUAGCAUUUAGAAGUUGUUGAAGGAUUAUGUGCAUUUUAGGUAUUAAUUAAUUAAUUGUCCAGUUGUUGACUGUUGAGUCUCCUGUUUUUAUCCAGAAGUGGGAUACUGGAUUCUCAGGGGGGGGGGGGUUACUAAAACUUUGAAUCCUGGUAUCCCAGUUGGAGAGUGAGAAAAUAAUUUAAAUUUCAGACCCUGUUACUGAAGUGAGAUUAUAGUCUCAUAUAUUGCAGGAACAAAGCUUGAUCAAAGAUGGUAUCCUGGCAUAUGGCAACAUGCACAAACCACUGUUCCACUAAUCUUUCCCCCGCAUUAUUUCAUUUCAGAAACCAAAAUAUACGAAGAAAAUUUUAAAGAAAGCGAGCAAGCCAGACCGUAUUCCAAGAAAAGGUGACCUUGUCAGUUGUUUUUACACUGGGAAACUUCAAGAUGGAACUGUCUUUGACACAAAUCUUGGAAAAGGUGAAAUACCAAACAUGCUGUAUUAUUUUUAAUGGGUAUGUGUGGAUUUGUUCUGCCAUGACCCAUUUACAAAUGACUGUAUUUGAUUCUGCAUUCCAGGAUCAAAGAAGAGAGGUGGGAGUUAUGUUCCAUUAAAAUUCAAAGUUGGAACUGGACAAGUGAUUCGAGGCUGGGAUGAAGCUCUCAUGACAAUGGGAUUGGAUGAGAAGGCAGAACUUACAAUUCAGCCUGAAUGGGCUUAUGGAAGAAAAGGCCUUCCUGACCACAAGUAUCCUUUUUAAUUCAUCAAAUUACUAAACUUUGCCUGGAUGCAUCCAUGCCCAAACAGGCAGCAAAACUGUCCCAGCAGUACCUAUGAUGUUGCAAUUGUAAAACAGGAGAAGCAGUGUUUUACAAUGUAUUACACUUUAUUCCAUAUUAUCCAUCACUGAUGCAUCUAGGAUUUACAUUCUUGGUUAAGCAAUCUUGUAUCAAGUGAAUUUAAGGGACUUUGUGGGCCCAUUUUGAGCCAGGGCCUUGGGGCAAAAUGCUUCCACUGCCUCUUUCCCCUCUCGGUAGCAUUGCCUGGAUGUUCAGUAAGAACCGUAUUGGCCCAGUGUUGCAACGGGAGGAAGUGAGAGUACCUGAAGAAAAUCUACAGUGUUUGGUAUAAUCAAACUAAAAGCAACAUUCUCAAAUACGACUGAGGAGAAAUUAUGAUCAGAAAACUGCAUAUUGCAGGAAUCCAACCUCAGUCACAUAAGUGAAAGACACAUACCCCUGGUACACUAACCACUGUGCCACUGCCCUAAGUUCUAAAUAUCCAAAACUCCUUGACUCCAAUGCCACAGGAUUCCUCAAAAUGCAACUUUAAUUUUUGAAGUUGAGUUGACUGGUAUUGAGUGAAAUGUCAAUGGAUUUUGUCACACUACGGUACUGUAUGAGAAUUACCAUCACAGUAAUGUUGUAACCAUGUGCCGUAGAACCUGAUAUCUAACUUACAUUUUGUAGAUAAACAAUUCAUUUGAGGAGGUAGUUGACUAUUAGUUUGUUCUCUUAUGGAUUGUGUGAAAUUUUGCAUCUAGGAAAAAGUUGCGUUUAUGUGACUGUGGAAUUACAUUUAUUUUGUUUAAA